GCAUGGAUUUACAGGUCCAACAUCAGGCUCUUCUGACACUUGACUUCUCUUCCUCAGCCCACCAUGGAGCUCCUGGGAGCGACUACUAUUUUCUUGCUGGUCUGUAUCUCAUAUCUUCUUCUCUUGGCCACACGGAGAAGCACAUCACAAAAAGGGAAGGAGCCUCCUGGUCCCUUCUCACUUCCUAUUGUUGGAAACCUGCUCCAGCUGAACCCACGGAACAUGCCUGAAAGCUUGAAGAAGCUCAGCGAGAAGUAUGGUCCUGUCUUCACGAUACAUUUAGGCCCACGAAAGGUUGUGGUACUGUAUGGUUAUGAUGUUAUGAAAGAAGCUCUGAUUGAUCAAGGAGAUGACUUCAGUGGAAGAGGCAUUCUGCCACUGAUUGAAAAACUCUUCCAAGGCACAGGCAUUGUGACUAGCAAUGGCGAGACCUGGAAGCAGCUCCGACGAUUUGCACUCACAACCUUGCGGGAUUUUGGGAUGGGGAAAAAGGGCAUCGAGGAGCGAAUCCAGGAGGAAGCUCAUUUUCUGGUGGAGAGGCUCAAGAACACACAUGAGCGACCUUUUGACCCUAGCAACUUCCUAGUCCAUGCUGUUUCCAACAUCAUCUGCUCCAUUGUCUUUGGGGAUCGGUUUGACUAUGAGGACAAGAAAUUUCUAACUUUAAUCGAUUUGAUAGAUGAAAACAACAAGCUCCAGGCCUCUCUACAAAUACAGCUAUAUAAUUUCUUCCCAACUGUCAUGGAGUUAAUACCUGGACCGCAUAAAAAACUGAUAAAAAAUAUUGAACAAGUUGAUCAAUUUACAACAGAAAUCGUAAUGGAGCACCAGAAAACCUUGGAUCCCACUUGUCCUCGAGAUUUUAUUGAUGCUUUUCUUAACAAAAUGGAACAGGAGAAAGGGAAUGUCGACUCAAAAUUCACCGUUGAGACCUUGACCAGAACCACGCUGGACUUGUUCCUUGCAGGAACAGGGACCACCAGCCUCACACUGAGAUAUGGAAUUCUGAUUCUCCAUAAAUACCCAGAGAUAGUAGAGAAAAUGCAAAAGGAGAUUGAUUCCGUGAUUGGCCGAGACCGAAGCCCCCGCAUGGCAGAUCGGAGCCAGAUGCCCUACACAGAGGCUGUGAUCCAUGAAAUCCAGAGAUACAUUGAUUUCAUUCCACUUAAUGUCCCACAUGCUGUGAUCAGAGACACCAAGUUCAGAGGCUAUUUUAUCCCCGAGGGCACUAUGGUAUUCCCUAUGCUGACUGCCGUCCUACAUGAUAGCAAGGAAUUUCCAAAUCCAGAAAAAUUUGACCCAGGACAUUUCCUGAAUGCAAAUGGUACCUUUAAAAAGAGUGACCACUUUAUGCCAUUUUCUGCAGGAAAACGUGUCUGUGCAGGAGAAGGUCUGGCCCGGAUGGAGAUAUUCAUAUUCUUAACAUCCAUCCUGCAGAACUUUACUUUGAAGCCUAUUAUGGAUCUCAAGGACAUUGACAUUACUCCAGUAAUCACCAGCCUGGCAAGCAUGCCCCGACCCUAUCAGGUCUCUUUUGUUCCACGUUAGCCAAGAGAAAACUGUUGCCAGUUCCCAAACUCAUGAAUGCUCUGACUGAACAACAGUCAUUUCCCAAUCUCUUGAGACUGAAACACUCAGAUAAUUUCCUAGAUGCCUUAUGGAGACAAAAGUGCUCAGAAAAGAAAAUUGUAUGGUGCUGUUAUAAUCACCACAGCCAGCUCUAAACAGAGUAGGCAAUUGCACAGGGAAGAACACAGCUCCCUGUGCAAAAUGAUACAGGUUCUCCUCUGCACCUACCUCGCCCAGCUCUGUUUCCUGUCUGGCUCCUCACAUACCAGGGUGUGUGGACUAGCUGUCUGAGAGCUCUGCUGCUGCUGUCCCUAUCACUUGGUCAUCUCAGCACAGCAGAACAGGUGCUUGUACUCCAAGCUUUCCACAGACUCUGCUUGAGGUACCUCUCUCCUCUGUACUUUCAAUUUGUUUGUAACCUAUUUGUAAAGGUAAGCGUAAAACAGUGAGGGUUUUUCUGUUAGGUGAUGGUCAUCUAAUAUAUUCUUGUCCCAGUACUUAUUGUCUACUGUGGUGGGAAUGGAGUUUAUCAAUGACUGGGCAGAUGGGUCACCUUCUGUGUGAUUGUAAUGAAGGUUUGUGAAAUUACAACUUCUAUUGCAAAAUAAAAAAGUGGUACACUGAA